AUGACUUCCUGCAAGAAAAAGAUACCUUCAAAAUUGUGUCGUCGCACAUAUUUUCUGCAAACAGGCACAGCUCCUACGAUUUCAGAAAUGGCCAACGAACUAGGCCCUGAUUUGGCGAGCGUUGUAGUCGGCACCUUGCAGCCAAGCCAGCGGUCCGCAGUGCAACCAGAUUGCAUAGCCUUGCCGGAAGGAUUGUCUCCACCACACGAAUCCGAUACAAUUCGCGGACAGAUUCAUGAACAUAUUCUCCAGAUUGGCGGCAAUAUCUCUCACCGUGUGGACGGAUAUUGGAGGCAACGUGUGAAGCAAACUGCAGCAGAGAGCGUCAGUCCAGAUGAGGUGGACUUUUUGAAAUUCGAAUAUCGUCAGAAAAUUAACAUUGCAAGAGACGAAGAGCGUAAGCGCUAUGACGAACUGUUGAGGAAGAUGGAAAAAACACUGGAGCAACGAUUCUGGGAAGAGAAAGGUGACCUGCACCGUGGAUAUGCCGAAGCCAGAAAAGUAUGGGGAGAGUUUGUGUGUCGGAAGGUACGAAAACAGGCCAAGGAUAUGCUGUGCAAAAUGGCCUGCUACUAUAGGACAAAGCUGGAGCGCGAAGUAACUUGCCGAAUGCAACAAGAAAAAUCCCGAAUCAUGAAGGAGAUGGAAAAAAUCGUCAAAACUGCCGUAGAUCAGCAAAAACAUAUCGACGAUCGAGCUAUACAAUGGUUGGUGUAUCAAUAUGAAGAACUUUUAAAAUUCAUCAGUGAAUAUAACCAGUGCCUGGAUACGGUAGAAAUGACGCGAGAGAUUUGCCGACUACAUUAUGGUCAACAAAAGUGUCACUCUACCCAGAUGUCUACGCAUUCGUUGAUAUUUGAAGAUCGGUUGGACAACCAUGAGCGGAGCGUAAACCGUUCCUUAACGGUUGAUCUUGAAGAAGGCAUUCAAAUCGCUUCAACCAGCUUGUCGAAAUUCAAUGUAUUUGUAGUUAAUCAAUGUCUGCCGGAACCAGUGGCUGAGUCAACCGUUUCUGACGAAGCGAGUGUGUCGACCACAACCAUGGCAGAGUCUCUUGUCGAUCAGUACGCUUCCGAAGAUUACGAAAGUAUCUGUGAUGAGGACAGUGUUACGUCUACACUUGAAAAAGUAGUCAUCGGAGGACUAACAUAUGCCCAGCCCAAAUAUUACAAGAAGGUUUAUAACGAUAUGUUUCGUGACGUUGCUAUGCACUGGGAAACGUUAAAUCCUCCUGAAAAGAGUGGUGUUCAGGAUGUGAGCUGCAGUGCUAGCAGUGAUGAUACGAAAACAAUUGAUUCUGAUUCCGGUCGAAGCGAACCUAGCUAUCGCGAAAGUUAUGACCCGAUUGCGGAAAUGAACGAUGUUUUGGGGCUGAACGAAGAUGUACUACCGGUUGAAGAAACGAUCCUACCAGAGGAGUUUGGUGAGUUGUAUGAUCUUUCUAAAUCUGAGGAAGAAAUCUCGUUGGUAGCCGACAGAUUUGCCGAACAGUACAUUCGAGCCACUAGUGACGAUUUUGAAGCAAUGUUUCCGAAAAGCAGUGAUGCGGAGUCCUGA